AUUGAUGUGGCAACACCGUCCGUGCUGCCAGACGCAUAUGGCAUUGAAGUAUCGAUGCUUGUUACACGCAUAACUCUCAUACAUAUCGAUAUUAACGUACGUGUCCAAAGUCAGCUGCGACUGAUACAAACAAUGCGGUACAUAAAUACCAUGAAACUCUCUGAUUUAACGUAUUGAUCUAAAGUAACCAGUGAGAAUUAGUUGAGCUUAGCACGUUAAAUACAAGUGAGACGAGCCUAUACCAACACACUCACACACGCUGAGACGACACACACACGAUGACGACGUCGUGGAAAGUGCGGCGAAAUGUACUUGCCACAAGUGGAGUGGCUCUGGCAUUCCUUGUGCUCUUGUAUUGGACGGAUUUAACGGGCGGAUAUUUCGCAGCUCUCGAUGAUGCUGGCACUAACAAAAACUGCUUCUGUGAGCUGGAGGGCUCGAUUAACGAUUGCAGCUGUGAUGUGGACACCGUGGAUCAUUUCAAUAACAUGAAAGUCUAUCCACGACUGCAAAGUUUGCUGGUGAAGAACUUCUUUCGAUUCUACAAGGUGAACCUGAAGCAGGAGUGUCCCUUUUGGCCAGAUGACAGUCGCUGUGCCAUCCGCUUCUGUCAGGUGGAGAACUGCGAGGAGCAGGCCAUACCCGAUGGCAUCAAGGAUAGUGGAGAGCACAGAGAUAGGAGUUCAUCAUAUAAGUAUACAAAAGAGGCGCAAGUGGAGAGAAGCUGUUCGGAUGCGGAAGAUUUUAACAGUGCGCUCGGUUUCCUGGACACCAGCAUAAGCGAUCAGGCGCACAAGGAGUUCGAAUUGUGGGCCAAGCACGAUGAGGCCGAGGAGGACUUUUGCAUUGUGGAUGAUCAGGAUGUGGGUGCUCAGUAUGUGGAUCUUUUACUUAAUCCGGAGCGUUAUACGGGCUACAAGGGUGACUCGGCGCAUCGCAUUUGGAAGAGCAUCUAUCUAGAGAAUUGUUUUGGUGACAGCAAGGAAACAUCCAAUGAGUUUUCCAGCUAUAUGCCACACCGGGACUUGCAUAAUGUGUGCCUGGAGCAGCGCGCUUUUUAUCGCAUCAUCUCUGGACUGCAUUCUAGCAUCAAUAUUCAUUUGUGCUCCAAAUAUUUGCUAUCGGAGACAAAGGAUUUCCUCGAUCCGCAGGGCAUUUGGGGACCCAAUGUUAUGGAGUUUAAGCAACGCUUCAGUCCGGAAACAACAGGUGGCGCAGGUCCGCAUUGGCUAAGAAAUUUAUACUUUAUAUAUCUGGUGGAACUGCGGGCAUUGGCCAAGGCGGCACCCUAUCUACGUCGCGAGGAAUACUACACGGGCAUUGAGGAGGAGGACGAAGAAGUGAAGUUGGCCAUGCACGAUAUGCUCUCAGUCAUUGAAUCAUUCCAAUCACACUUCAAUGAGAAUGCGCUCUUCAGCAGUGGUAUUGCGUCCAUCAAAUUCAAGAAUGAUUACAAGGAGAAGUUCCGAAACAUAUCCAGGAUUAUGGACUGUGUGGGUUGUGACAAGUGCAAGCUGUGGGGCAAGUUGCAAACCCAAGGUCUAGGCACCGCACUAAAAAUUCUCUACUCGGAGAAACUCAAUUUUGCAACGGAGAGUGGAAUUUGGGAUCAGCCGCAAAUUGAGACUGAUCCCAUUUUCAGAUUGUCACGCACAGAAAUCGUGGCGUUAUUUAAUGCCUUUGGCAGAUUAUCGACCAGUAUAUAUGAGAUGGAAAAUUUCCGGCGGGUGCUGAGAUAACCACUCAUCUCAUUGGGUUCGCCCGGAACACGGCACAAAUCAAUUUCCCUACAGGAGAGCUAAAUUACGCACACUGCUCAAAGAAAUGCUCUCUGAAGUUAACUGUUAACGCACUUGUGGACAUUAUUUAUAUGGAUCUUAUUUACGGUUUCCCUCCAAGAUAGAUAACGGUAACCGCCAGCCAGAGGCUAGCAACCACAUGGGCAUCUGCAAUUUUGUAUAUAUCCACAUUGGGAAUGCAUUAAAUAGUUCAUAUUCUUAGGCUACUUGUACUUUACUCCACCCCCUGCGCCACACAGGUGCAUUUUAAUUGUAAGUUAGAGAAUGUAUAUAUAUAUGCAUAUUUAUUUAUUGUGUACGAUGAUAGCUAAUUACACGUAGCAAACAUGCAAACAACAUAUUUGUGCAAUCAA